UGUACGUGCUUCGGUGAUUGAAUCGAUUGAAAUCAUGUGUUUCAUAAUGUUUUGAUGUCACUGAGAGGUAAACGCAAAUAAUUAUAAACAGAAAUAGUUUGUCAUCGAUUUACUAUAAAUUUGGCACUGCGAACGACAGAAAAUUAGACGAUUAUUUCGAUUGAUAACCUCGAAGCAAGGGCACCAGUUUCUUUAAUAUACAUUGUAUAUUGCGUCAUCCUAAAUUUCGAACAUGAACCGUUUAAUCAGUUCGGCUUUAUUGCCUUCUGUGGCAAACAUCUUUUCGCGAAACGUGUCCAGUAAAAGUCCAGUAGCUAUGAAAAAAGUCUCGCAUGUGAUUUUCGAUAUGGACGGUCUCCUACUUGACACGGAGCACAUUUACGAAGCCGCGGUGCGCGACAUCGCCAAAUCAUACAACAAAGACUAUCCGCAUGAUGUGCGAAUGAAGGUGAUGGGAACUACCGAACAAAUGACCAUAAAAAUUGUCGUUAAGGAGCUCGCACUCCCAAUUUCGGAAGCUGAAUUUCAAGACAAAUUUACGGAAUUGUGUCGAAAGCGCUUCGGCAAAUUAGAUCUACUGAAAGGCGCUGAUCGUUUGAUUUUUCAUUUGCAUCAAUCCAAGGUUCCGUUCUGCUUAGCGACAAGUUCCAGCCAAGAAAUGGGUGAACUCAAAAUGAGCAGCCACCAAAGCUUGUUCGAUCUAUUCAAUCACAAAGUUUAUGGUUCAACGGAUCCUGAAGUGAAACAUGGCAAACCGGCACCGGAUAUAUUCUUGGUGGCAGCAGGACGCUUCCAGGCGAAACCCAGUCCCAGUGAAUGUUUAGUAUUUGAAGAUGCACCGAACGGUGUCAGAGCGGCCGUAUCUGCUGGAAUGCAAUCUGUCAUGGUUCCAGAUAAAAUAGUGGCGCCCGAGCAGCGGAAGGAGGCGACAUUAGUUCUAGAGUCAUUGCUUGAUUUCAAACCAGAAAUGUUUGGCCUGCCACCAUUCAAGUGAAGAUCUAAGAUGAUGUUGUUGUUGUUGAUGUUAACUCAUUCGUAAGUUAAAUUUAUAAAAUUGUUGAAUUCAAAUGCCGCGUUUGAAUUAGCGUCUUGAACAAAAUACCACCGCCCAUUUUUCGUGUAGCAGAUUUAUUUCUCAUAUAAGUAUAUAAAACAAAAACUUCCAUAGCAUCCGAAAGUGGGACUGUGUCCAUUAUAUAGUUAAAACGGCUAGAUACUUAAAUAAAUACUUCCAAGUAGUUGGA